AUGAGCUCGUUGCCUCACGGCAGAUCGGUCAACGGUGGAGGAUAUGAGGACAAUGGCGAUCAUUACACAAACCACGAUACGCAGCAGAGGGGAAAUGGCGCUCCGUUCCCCAUUCAAAAUGGCAGCGUCGUCAAGAUGCCCGAUAGAACAGCGCCUCCCCCUCCAACCAAAAAUGGCAACGUACAACCUUUGUCCGGUGCUAGUUUGACACAAGCCCCCUCCGAGACGACAUUUACUCACCACGACCAAAGCACUGCACCGACCACCCCGGCCCGCAACACGACUUCUGCCUCGGCGAUCCUGGAGUCUCGCAACGCCCAUUCACCGCACCGCUUCUCGUCUCCUCCCAUCUACGAAGCAAAUGGCGCCGAUGCCUCUUCGUCUUUGCAGGUACCCCCCAACACUGGUCUGAAGCAAAGACACACCCUUGAAGUGCCUAAGGUGCAACCAGGCAGGAGCUCCAAAGACGGACACGACACGGCUUUUGCAAGCGGUCGGUUCUCCCCGACGGCGGCGACGGCAGGAGUUCGUAGGGCAUCACUCAGUCUAGGACGCAGGAACACAAGGUCACUGCAGUCCGAUGCGCCACGCGAUGACGUAGUGCCCGACGAGGAUGCCCUUCGCUGGGCAGAAGCCUACCGCCAGAAAAGGGCAAGCAAGAGAAAGAAGAAGGAAGAGGAAGACGAUGAUCGUGUGCUUGUUGGUACCAAAGUCGACGAGCAUCAUGCCAACUGGGUUACGGCAUACAACAUGCUUACAGGCAUCCGUGUCUCGUGUCGCUGCUGGCAAUGA